CAGUUCUUCGUUGUUCGCGUUGGUUGGUUUUGGCCUCACCUCACCGAAAUAUUACGGGGCGGAUCGGACGGAUAGACGGACUAUCCACUCUCGCGAUUUGCUGUGGAAAAUAAAACACGUUUCAUACCACCUUGGAGCCCGAGUCGCAGCUGUAAUACAGAACUCCCUUACUUGCCACUACAACAAAAACAGAAAGACAACAAACAUAAACGAAUCCAAGAGAUUGUUUGUGGUGCUGGCUCCUCGAGGCACAUUUGAAUAAAGUGCAGACGAUGUUUGCUCUCUCGUAAUAAUCAAAUACUUAUAAAUCGCGCGAUCGAGUGGCCAAAAACAAAAAAAGAGGCGAAGCGGCAGAGCAAAUAAAUAUCUCUGGCAGUGGCCAACAACAAAAAAAAAAGCAAAAACAACAACCGAAAUAUAUAAUGCUAAUGAAACCGAAAACACGUUUUGUGCUGUGCCUGUGCCUGGUCUGAUGUUCUCGGAAGAGGAAAACGAAACAUUUGCCAUCAUCCCAAAAGACCCAAAAGUACUUCCAAAGCAGCUGCGAAUUCCGUGUGAUGCGUGAAUAGAAGGAGACCAAGAGGAGCAUCCACAAGAGAGUCACAAAUUCUGGAAUCACAAAUCAAUAUUCACUCGAAAGAAAUUCGAAAGAAAGAAAGCCAAAUGCUGACGCAACCGAAUGCCAAUUUCAGUUGCACGAACUGAAACGGAUACUCAAUACAGAAGCACACACUCAAACACACACAGAAUGGAUGAAAUGCAGGCCUCCAAUGUGCCCCUGGUGGACAAAUGCAAUGCCACAAAGGCAGUCAUACUGCCAGCCGCAGCAACAGCAACGACAGACAUCACAGAAGGAGCAACAGCAGCAACAACACAGCCAAAUGCCGUGCUCUAUAAGAGCAGCAACAACAGCGCCACGCUGUCAACGCUCUCCCAGAGCCCCACACAUAAUCACAAUCUUAAUACAAAUCUUAAUCCCAAUACCAAUCCCACACCCGUGCCACUGCUGAAGCCGCUGCAGGGAUUGCCGCUGCAGAAGAUGACCAACGACCUGAAGCAAUGCAAUGCCAAUGUGAACCAUGGGUCACAGAAUAACCUGUGCAAUGGCGUGGGCGUGGCACUGGCCCCCAAGGUGCUGAACAACGGCAGCAGCAGCAGCAAUGGCCAGAAGAAGGGCACCAUCUCGCUCUCCCACCUGCCCCAGCGGCCGCCGGUGGAAAUUGAGUUCUGUGAUAUAUCCUACUCGGUGGCCUUCGGGCAUCGCCGUGGCUGCAAGACCAUCCUGAAGAGCGUCUCCGGGAAGUUUCGCAAUGGCGAGAUCACAGCCAUCAUGGGUCCCUCGGGUGCGGGCAAGAGCACGCUGAUGAAUAUCCUCGCGGGUUACAAGACUGCUCAACUCUCUGGUUCGGUGAUGAUCAACAGCAAGGAGCGCAAUCUGCGCAGAUUCCGCAAACUCUCCUGCUACAUCAUGCAGGACGAUGUCCUGAUUGCCAAUCUAACCGUCAGCGAGGCCAUGAUGGUGGCCGCUAAUCUGAAACUGGGCAAACACAUGAUCUCCUAUGCCAAGCGUGUGGUCGUGGAGGAGAUCCUGGAGACAAUUGGCCUCAAGGAGUCGGCGCACACGCUGACCUGCAAUCUGUCGGGCGGGCAGCGGAAGCGUCUGUCCAUCGCCCUGGAGCUGGUGAACAAUCCCCCCGUGAUGUUCUUCGAUGAACCCACCUCGGGCCUGGACAGCUCCACCUGCUUCCAGCUGAUUUCGCUGCUGCGUUCGCUGGCACGCGGCGGCCGCACCAUUGUCUGCACCAUCCACCAGCCAUCGGCGCGACUCUUCGAGAAAUUCGACCAUUUGUAUCUGCUGGCCCAGGGGCAGUGCGUGUAUGAGGGACGUGUGCGCGGUCUGGUGCCGUAUCUGUCAUCGCUCGGCUAUGAGUGCCCCUCUUAUCACAAUCCCGCGGAUUACGUCUUGGAGGUGGCCUCCGGGGAGUACGGCGAUGCGGUGCCCAAGCUCGUGGAUGCCGUCAAGAGUGGAGCGUGCAAGAAGUACGCCCACAAGGACUACUGCCUCACGCUGCUGCCCGCCAAGACCACAGUGAGUGCCGUGCUGCACGUGGAGGAUGAGAAGCCACUGCUCGCGGGGAACAUACAACAUCCGCUGGAUGGGGAUGCCGAAGCCGAAGCCGAUGCCAAUGCCGAUCCGGAUGAGGAUCUAAAACCACCGAAGCUGGAGGCGCAACAAUCGCAAAACUCCGACUGCAGCGCCGUCAUUCUGAUGCCACAAACCAACGAGGACAGCUGCAGCUUCAGCUCCUCCAAGGGCGGCGGGGCGCCCGGCAGUGCUGCAGGUGGCCCAACCACUGGCGGCGUUGUGGGCUGCAUGACCUCGCUGCUGGACUCGCACGAGAGCGUGGUGACGCUGCCGAACAAGACGGGUUUCCCCACCAGCGGCUGGAUGCAGUUCUGGAUACUGCUGAAGCGCUCCUUUCGCACCAUCAUGCGGGACAGGAUGCUCACCCACAUGCGACUCUUCUCGCAUGUCAUUGUGGGCGCCAUCAUUGGCAUGAUCUACUACGAUGUGGGCAAUGAGGCAUCCAAAAUCAUGAGCAAUGCUGGCUGCAUAUUCUUUGUGUCACUCUUCACCACUUUUACAGCGAUGAUGCCAACCAUUUUGACAUUUCCCACGGAAAUGUCUGUGUUCGUGCGGGAGCAUCUCAAUUAUUGGUACUCCCUGAAGGCCUUUUACUUUGCCAAAACGAUAGCGGAUAUGCCCUUUCAGAUUGUCUUCUCCAGCGUCUAUGUUCUGGUCGUCUACUAUCUGACAUCGCAGCCCAUGGAGUGGAAUCGUGUGUCCAUGUUUGUGCUCAUUCAGGUGCUCAAUUCGCUGGUGGCGCAGUCGCUGGGCCUGCUCAUUGGCGCUGGCAUGAACAUUGAGACGGGCGUGUUCCUGGGGCCCGUCACCACCAUACCCACGAUAUUGUUCUCCGGUUUCUUUGUGAACUUUGACACGAUUCCAGGCUAUCUGCAGUGGGUGUCGUAUGUCAGUUAUGUGCGCUAUGGCUUUGAGGGCGCCAUGGUUGCCAUUUAUGGCAUGGAUCGUGCCAAGCUGCAGUGCAAUCAAAUGUACUGCCAUUAUCGCAUGCCCAAGAAGUUUCUCGAGGAGAUGUCCAUGGACAAUGCACGCUUCUGGGUGGAUGCUGUCGCCCUAACGGGGAUAUUCUUUGCCCUGCGCAUCUUUGCGUACUUUGUGCUGCGCUGGAAGCUGCAUAUGAUACGCUAAGCGGGUCCUAGUAGCCCCCCCCCCCAAUUUGUAAAUACGAGUAAAAAGUUCAGGGAUCAAAGGAUCAACGUAGUUAUUCAAUUUUCUCCCCCUACACCCGUUUAGGCUUUGUACCUUUAUACACCACACAAAUACACACACAGAUUACCGCCAGAAGGGUAUUAAAACACGGCAGGCAGCAGCACGGUUCUUAUAAUAUUUAUCUAUAGAUAGAUAGAAAAAUACAGACAGAUACAUACAUAGAUAAGCUGUAGGCUGUAGGCUCUGUAGUCUCUGUAGUCUCUGUUCUGCUCUGCAUACCCACAGAAACACAUUCUGAUACAUUUACAUUUAGUUACUAUAUAUUCUAAACACCCAUCUAUAAUUAGUUUGGUUCGUUCAUCCCAUCCCGUACACGUGCCGCAAUACCCCUACUACCGAUGCCCCUCCCUUCCUGCUGCUGUAGCAAAUAAUUCUUGUGACCAAAAAAAAGCUGAAAAGAGUCUGAACUUAAAAGUAGAAAAAGAAAUUCCCCAUUCGAAACCUUUUCCCAACGUUCUUCACUCCGUCCUAACCUGUAGCUUGUGUGUGCAUGAGUGUGCGUGUGUGUGUAGGCUCCCUCUCCUCUUCUGGGAACCCCACCUUUUUCGCUACUUUUUUUUAGUAACUAAGUUCUGGGAUAGUACCACAUCUAGGGAUACAUUUAUCAUCAUUCUCCCCUUGUGAUACGAACGAGAGGGCAGCAGCAGCUGGAAGGGGCGGUGUUACUGGAAUCCAAUCAGAAUUUGUUGUACAGUUUUACGGCGUAUUUGUGAUUAUUAUAUUUUAAUUUAGUAAUUUGUUUCUUUAGUUUAAUUCUAUGCCAACUACAUUUAUCAUGCUAAAAUAAAUGCAAUUAUCAUUUGA